CGGGGCGGGGCCACGCAGGGCAGGGCGCGCGGCGGCGGCAGCUCCGCGGUGUCUGCGCGCCGCGCAGGGCUGGGGGCAGCGAUACCCUCAAAAUGGCAGCGAGAGGCCGCAGGCAGCCGCGUGUCAUAGCGGAGCGGGAAAAUGCAGGAGAGGCGCCCUCGGGUGUCGGCUGGGAGGCAGCGGAGAAGCCGCGGGGGCCCUCGGGAGAGCCGUUACUUUGAUAGUCGGCGCGCAGAGAAGCGGGGGGCUUCGUGCGGCGCUCGGCAACGGCUUCUGAGGGGAUGUUGGCCGGGGUUAGCCGCGCUGAAGUGCAUAAAUAACAGUGUCACCGAAAAUAGCGAUAUUUAUAAUCCUCCGAGGAGCCCCAUAACCGGUCGCACUGAUGAAAUGUGUAUUAAGGAACAGGGCCCCGACAUGCCACUGUCGCGACUGCGCAAAGCCAUCGAGGAGUCCUGCCCGCACCUGGCCGGCUCGGUGCACAUCAGGUUAAAACUUAUGGCAGAAGGAGAACUGAAAGAUAUGGAACAGUUUUUUGAUGACCUUUCAGAUUCAUUUACUGGGACAGAGCCAGAAGUUCAUAAAACAAGUGUAGUAGGUCUCUUUCUACGCCAUAUGAUCUUGGCAUACAAUAAGCUUUCUUUCAGUCAGGUCUAUAAACUUUACACUGCACUUCAGCAAUACUUUCAAAAUGAUGAGAAGAAAGAUGGAAUUGAUGAGAGCGAUAUGGAGCUGACAAAUACAGAAGACCUGGAGGGGAAAAUGGAGAAAGAAGAACUUGAUGCCCCUCUAAGCAGGGAAGAAGAGAUAUCUUGCAGUGGGCCUCUUUCCCAGAAACAAGCAGAGUAUUUUCUUUCUCAGCAGGCUUCUUUACUAAAGAAUGAUGAAACAAAGGCUCUUACUCCAGCAUCUUUACAGAAGGAAUUGAACAACUUGUUAAAAUUUAAUCCAGACUUUGCUGAAGCACAUUAUUUAAGCUACUUAAAUAAUCUCAGAGUGCAGGAUGUCUUCAGUUCAACACACAGCCUCCUUCACUAUUUUGACCGUUUAAUUCUCACUGGAGCAGAAAGCAAAAGCAACGGGGAUGAAGGUUAUGGUCGGAGCUUGAGAUACGCUGCUCUAAAUCUAGCUGCACUGCACUGUCGGUUUGGCCAUUAUCAGCAGGCUGAACUUGCACUUCAGGAAGCCAUCCGAAUUGCACAGGAGUCUAAUGAUCAUGUCUGCUUGCAGCACUGCCUGAGCUGGUUGUACAUCUUGGAACAGAAGAUAUUUGAUAGCUGUGUUCUACUGGAGCACUCUGUAAACAAAUCUUUACAUUUUGGUUUGCCAUACCUAGCUUCCCUGGGAAUACAGUCCUUGGUUCAGCAAAGAGCUUUUGCAGGAAAGGCUGCCAACAAGCUAAUGGAUGCCUUAAAAGAUUCUGAUCUGUUACACUGGAAACACAGCUUGUCAGAACUUAUCGAUAUUAGCAUAGCACAGAAGACUGCCAUUUGGAGGUUAUAUGGCCGCAGCACCAUGGCACUUCAGCAAGCCCAGACCUUGCUGAGCAUGAACAGCCUGGAGGCUGUGAACGUGGGCGUACAGCAGAAUAACACGGAGUCCUUCGCUGUAGUGCUGUGUCACCUGGCUGAGCUACACGCAGAGCAGGGAUACUUUGCGGCUGCUUCUGAAAUAUUGAAACAUCUAAAGGAAAGAUUUCCUCCCAACAGUCAGCAUGCGCAGCUUUGGAUGCUGUUUGAUCAGAAAAUACAGUUUGAGAGAGCCAUGAAUGAUGGCAGAUAUCAUAUAGCAGAUUCUCUUGUAGCCGGAAUUACAGCACUUAAUAGCAUUGAAGGAGUAUACAGAAAAGCUCUUGUUUUGAAAGCCCAAAAUCAAAUGUCAGAGGCGCACAAACUUUUGCAGAAAUUGUUGAUCCACUGCCAGAAAAUCAAGAACACUGAGAUGGUGAUUAGUGUACUUCUCUCAAUAGCAGAGCUCUACUGGAGAUCUUCAUGUCACACGAUAGCUUUGCCUGUCCUGCUACAGGCGCUUGCCCUCUCUCGAGAAUAUAGUCUGCAGUACUUGGCUUCUGAAACUGUGCUGAACUUGGCUUUCUCCCAGCUGAUCCUUGGGAUUCCUGAGCAAGCCCUGAAUAUUCUGCAUAUGGCGAUAGAGCCCGUCUUGGCUCACGGAGCUGUGCUGGACAAAGGCUGUGCCAUGUUCUUGGUGGCCAAAUGUCAGGUGGCUUCUGCAGCUUCCUACACUCCACAGAAGAAGGUUGAAGGUAGCAUGAAGAAGAGUUCUCACUGUCUAUACCUCAUUCCCAAGCUGAGAACUGCAAACCAGCCUUUGGAAUCAGCUAUUCUGAAUCUAAAUGAAGCUAAGACUUAUUUUGCCAAAGUGGAUUGCAAAGAGCAACUCCGAGAUGUUCUCUACUUUCAAGCCAGACUGUUCCACACCCUAGGCAAGACCCAGGAGAGGAACAAAUGUGCCAUGCUCUUCCGGCAGCUGCACCAGGAGCUGCCUGCGCAUGGUGUCCCCUUAAUAAAUGCCUUUAAGUGAUGCGUUUAGAGAUGAGAUUUGCUUUUUCCUGUUUUGUUAACUGUCUUUUUAUUAUGUUCAGUCAUCACUGUUUCAAAAUAAUUGCCAAUAAAUUAUGGUCUUCUAUUGAACAAA